AUGCCUGCUGCUUCCAUCCUCCUGGCUUCCUUCCUUUCCUUCCUCCCGUCUGCGUCGAUUCGCCUUAUCCAAACCUGUUUACGGUCUCCAGAGCUUAUCAUCGCACCUUCAUUCUCCUCCUCCCUCUUUCGGCCUUUACGGCACUUCUGUCCAUCGUCUACUCCGAGGCUUCCCCAUCACUGGCCUUUUCUCUCAGGCCUCUCACCGACGCAAAUUCUCAUUUCGGCAGUACCCGCUCCUUCCUCGUUCUACGCUGCGCCAGAACCCAUGCGGUUCACCCCAUCUCUUUAUCCGACUUCCGACCCUACAAUGGACAAGUCGCAGAGGCGCACAAAUGAUCGCAUCGCGGCAGACGCAGUCCUAUCCCCGUCUCGUCCUGCGUGCUCUCGUCCCGUGCAGGGUCGUAGUGUUGCGUACCAGCGGAACAUGUGUGGCGAUGCGCAGGGAUCAAUUCCCUCUUGUCUCCGCCGCUCGCUGCAAUUAUACAAUUGCUUCCUUUCUUUCGGGGGUCUUCCUAGGGCGCCUGGGCGCUUGAUAGGGUCGCUUGCGAGGAAGAAAGAAGAAUUGAAGAUAAUAGACAUUUGUCCUUCCUCGCUUGCUCCUGUGCAAUUUGCUGCUGCGCCCUUCACAUAUGCCUGGCCGCGCUCGCUUGUGCAUGACGAUCCCCAUCCUUGUUGGGCAUCAUCAGAUGGAAGCAACGUUUGGAGUGUGGCGAGGCGCCUGUUGCUUGAUGAAGCCCGCUCUCGUCUCAUCGCAUUUUCAUCUGCGUUACCUCAAAAAGUAGCUCCUUGUCCUUACCUCUCCAAUCAAUUAAUGAACUCGCGCCUCGGAUAUGCUUAUUUCCGUGAACACCAACACGUCUUCGUACCUCACAUUCCCACGAUAUCGAUGUUCCCUUUCAACCAAUUUUUCACUUCUUUAUCAUUAUUCGGUACAGAACGUCUCCGCACGUCGCGGUUUCGCAAGCUUUAG